AUGGCCGCCCCAAGGAAAAACAGGAACAUCGUACGACGACGAAGGCUGGACGACGAAAGCGACGACAGGUCGGUGGCGACUGAGGUGGCCGACGAUUCGCAAAGCGACAUCUCCGUUCCCAGCGACAUCGAUGAGGACGCCGACGCCGACAACAGCGACCUGAGCGAUGCCGACACGUCUCCAUCACUGACUACCGGAAAGACGAAACCAAAGACCAACGGAGCCGCUCGAGGGGCGAGCACUCGCACAGAGCCCUCGGCCCGCCGAGCUCCAUCGCCGCCCAUUGCUCAUUCCGAUGCCACCUUUACCGCCGUCAAGGAUACCGAGAUAAUGAUGAAUGGUCUCAAACUGGCAGACAAGGCCUCAAGUGAUGAAGUGGUGGACUUUGAGGCGGCGUCUCCGCCCGCUGGGGAGCGCCCUGCCUCAGCUGGAGUUGCUUCCAACCGGCCAGAAACAUUCGCCGAUCGCAAACGACGGGAACACGAGGAAUACAAGAAGAAAAGGGAUUCCGAUCCCGCAUUCAUACCAAACCGAGGUGCUUUCUUCAUGCAUGACCAGCGGACUUCACAUGGACAGAAUGGAUUCAGACAGUAUGGGCCUCGAGGGGGUGCUCGUGGGAUAAGGGGAGGAGCAGGUGGUCACAUCGGAGGCCCAUACUCGCCGGCGAAUCAAAGGGUGCAGACCUCGGAAGCUACAGAAUCGCCGUGGAAGCAUGACCUCCACGAAACGAUCAAUGACCCGACUUCUCAUUCUCAGCAAAACCAAACAGCCCGCUCGAACGUCCCGAAUGAUUCCGCACCGAACGCUCCUUCAUCCUUCACGAAACCAUCGACGGCACCUACCCCUAAACCUCCGCAAGUACGCAACUUCUCCACCACCGUUCAUACUCACAACGCACUGGUGCGUGUGUUCCUUCCUGGAAUGAAAGCACCCAUCCAGUUCCAGAAUGUACCGAUCAAGCAACAUACACGCCUCCCAAACCACCGACCCCCACUUCGCCGCGACAAACCCGUACGCAUCUCCCUCCCGCCCGCGGCUCCCAGAUAUAUCUUCCCGACGGUCGAUCGAUCGUUCAUCUUCAUCCCACGUGCACUGAGACCCAAUCAACAAGGCUUUGGACGGGGACGAGGCCGGGGAUUCGGUUCUUUUGGUGGAGGAUUCUCGAGCAGGCGGACAAGCGCGUAUGGAGGCAGCGUGUACUCUCCAAGCGUUGCAAUGAGCAGGAGAUCAUCCAUGGCACGGGAAAUGGGGAGAGACUCACUCGUCUCUCCCGCAGGGUCCAUCAUGUCUCGAUCAGGUGGCUUCGUCGAUCCAUCACGCCCAGUGGUCCGUCUGCCCCCUGGUGGACCUAAGCAUCCUGGACCUCCCGUCAUUUCACCGCACAUGGGCACUCCGAACAACAUGGCGACCCAGCCGUAUCCUCUUCCACAGAAACCUGCCUUCCGCGAAAACUGGGGCCAAGGUGCUCUUCCCAUGCAUCAGCCUCGGCCUCAGAAGACUGUAUCUGUUGCUGGAAUCGAAUCGCCGGUCUCUAUGAACUUCAACCCUCCCCAGCAACAAGAGCAACAGCCUUUCCAUCAGCAAGUCCCUGCCCACGUCAACGGAAACGCCCCCGCCGAGCAGCAAACAUAUUACCCCCAUGCUCGCCAGCUUUCCUACCCCAGCCAGGCAUCGACUGGAACUCCUCUAUCGAACAUUCCGGAGAGGGCCAUACAUGCUCCAGCUUUCCAGCCAUUCCAACAAGCUGGCUACCAGCCGCAAGGUUACGCUGUGCAACCAAACUACUACUACCCUCAGGCCGCUUCUCAACAGUUUGUACCACCUGGUGGCAUGGUCCCUAUGUUCGUACCCAACCCUCAACAGGGUUAUGCCAUGCCUAUGGCAGCAGGUCCGCCGGCCCCUGCCGCCAACGCGCCUCCUACUGGACCUUCUAUGGUUCCCUACGAGUCCAACGGCAUGACCUACUACAUCGACCCUUCACAGAUGUAUAACACUGCGCCUCCUCCUAUGGAGGGUUACCCUCAACCCAGCUAUGCUGUGCCUGGCAUGGGUGGGAUGAUGACUCCUAGUCCAGAAGGGGCACAAUACUAUUACCCACAACAAAUGCAGCCUACAGGGGCAGUCUACUAUCCUCCCCAGUAG